AAAUGAGCGCACGUUUCGAGAUCAAGCGACGAUGAGUGGGGCGGGCCUAAAGAAACUGGUGGAAACAGUUUUUUUCUAAAAAUGGAACACAGCAAAACACUGAACAGGAAGUAUUAACCGUGAUGCUGUGAUUAUUUAGUGGUUAAUAACUUUACAUUUUAAGCAAAAAUGAGACUCAGGUCUCAGAGAACCAUCGCGGCCUACACAGAGACGCCGAGGAAAACCCGCACGCCGUCCAGUAACAAAGCAACACCGAAACGAACGCGGCUAUCGGUGCCAGAAAGUCCAUUCGAAGACGAGGUUGAAGAGUCGCCCGACGCUGGAGACAUUCCCACAAUGACGAGGCGAUUGCUGCCUCGUGGUCGGCCAAGAAAAAGAGCCAUUGCUGUGGAUGACAAAGAAGCAGAUUCAGCCUUCAAGACUCCGACCAGGCCUAUUUUGCGACAUGAUCACAUCCUGUCUGAGAUCGCCGCGGUUUCUCCUCCUAACUCCACAGCCAGGAAGAUCUACACACCCAUUGCACGAUUCCUCACACCCAGCAAAGAGAACUGCAAGAGCACAGGAAACAAUGUGUUGAUGAGCCCAGAGCAAGGCGUCUUUGGUUAUGGCUCCAUUGACCUACUAGUGGGAGACGAGGACGACCACAUCUUCAGUCCCUUCACUUUCAUUAAGAACCUGCCAUCACAGUCCCAGUACUCCCAGCCUAGAGUUCCUGACAUCCCCCCGAAGACCAGGAGCACCCCUGAGGCCACACUUGUGGUAGACCUGGAGGAAACCCUGAUGUUCAGCUCUCUGAAUAUGAUUGACAACGCGGAAUACACCUUCUACACUGCGUUCCAGCAUAAUCAGUACAAGGUUUACGUGAUCCUGCGGCCACAUGUGAAGGAGUUUCUGCAGUCCAUGGCGAAAGUAUAUGAGCUCUUUGUUUACACAUGUGCAAAGAAGGACUACGCCGAGAAGAUUCUAGACAUCCUGGACCCUCAGAGGAAGCUCUUUCGUCACCGUCUAUAUCGGGAUGAGUGCGCCUGUGUCCUCGGCCACUACAUCAGAGAUCUCAGCAUCCUCGGGAGGGAUCCGACUAAGAUCGUGGUUCUGGACAACGCACCUCACACAUACCCCUAUCAUUUGAUGAAUACUCUCCCCAUCAAGAGCUGGUCUGGCGAGUCAGAGGACAGAGAACUCCAGAAGAUCAUCCCCUACAUGGAGAAGCUGUCUACAGCGGAGGAUUUUCGGGAGGUUCUGAAGAAGAGGAAGGAUCACUUCCACCGGCUGCUGUCAGAGGACUGACAUGACCAAACCCCCACUCGACCCCCCCCAAAUCCACUUACCCAACCUACCGCUUUAACAAAACCUACUGCACUCUCGCAGCUUAUAUUUGCGUUUUUCACGCACACCUCCUGGUGACUUUAAAGGGCAUCACCUCGCUAUUUCAAACAUGCUGCUGCACUGUAAAGCACCCCCCCCCAAAAAAAAACAUUUCCCAAGUCUCAUUCCAUAGGGCAAAUACACCCCGAGCUUGUAGAUACUUCUUUUAAUUUAUUAACUAUAUCGCAAAUCACCUAUGGUAUCUGAUUUAUUUUUAGAUGCAGUUUUAAUGCAAUAAAACAACCCUAAUAAUGGGAAUUAUUACAA